AUGAUGAAUGGAUUGUCAUUUGCGAGGUUCUCCUUCCUCGUCGGAUUGCCUGCAUCUGUCGCCCUACCACACAGGCUGCAAGAGUUAUUUUUGGGAGAAAAGUUUCAUCGAAUUAAAGUUGCCAUUGCUUUUGGUUUGGCGCUGCAGGUGUUUAUUCUUCCCGUUGUAGGAUGGGCGCUCGUAAAAGGGCUGGAUUUGAAUGCCACCGAUGGUCGACCGUUGCUGUUCGCGAUAACAUCUCCUCCAGGACAGAUUUUUGCUAUGCUAUGGUGCUCCCUAUUCAAUGCAGACCUAACCAUGAGCAUUAUUUUGACUGGAUUGACAAACAUGGCGUUUAGUUUUCAAGUAUGUCUCUUCCUACUUCUUUCUGGGAUUUUCGAAGCAUCCAGUGGAAUCAUGUUGGGGUAUUUCCUUCUUCCACUUGUCUACUUGUUGGUUGCUUUCACAUCUGGUGACAUGAGGUUCCUUUAUUUGCUCCCUGACGUCUCGUCAACUCUUAACGACUGUGCAACGACCAAUUUCAUGUUCAUUGCCUUUGGUGCUCUGUGUGGUAUGUGGACAAGAUCGACCACAUCGAGAAUGGCAGCAAAUUUCUUCGGGAACCUAGCUGGUCUUAUUGUUGCGACAGACUGUAUCUCAGACUAUUGGUCCUUUUCCUUUUGGCAAUGGAGCAUGUGGAAUCAGGAUUAUCAGGUGUACAUUUGCGUUGCAUUGGUUGUUGCAUUUCGAGUUCUUGUUGCUAGCUUGGUAGUCUCGAUGGCGAAGCUCACUCGACUGGAGCAGAUCUCUGUCGUUGUCCAAGUUUGUUGUCUGCAUAUGGAUAGCGCAAAACAGAGGGCAAUCAAAGAGUUUCGUGGUCCAGGAAACUUUCUCAGCGUCAUUGAGUUUUAUGGCUUUUGCCAAAAUAUGGCUUUGGCUCUGUAUUGCCUCAGCUGCUGGAAGCUGGGAUGCUCCAGAGCCAAGGCAGAUGACCCACUAGUCAAAGUAAUUUGCAAAUCAUACGAGGCUGAGACCUGUGUAGAGAAUUCUACUAUCACUGAUGAACUUGUGGGCGGAGAGUGGGUGGAAGUCUCGGCGAAUCCUCAUCAACAUUAG